GUCAUUCUCAUAUUCUGGAUACUCAAUGAUGCGAGUAUCAAACAGAAGAUGGCCGCUGCUAUUGGCGAAGACACUUUGAGAAGAUGCCCGAGCGGGAUGAGGAUAGAGAUGCAGGCCUCUAACGCUGACGGGUUAGCCUACGAAGCGAUCAUGCUGGAGAUCCAUAGAUGA